AUGAUAAACCAGUGCACAGGGAUUGUCGUUGAGAUAGAUGCAUUUAAGAACUCUGCUAUCAUUCUCACCUCAGCAUGGCUUUUCUGCACCAAGAAACCUUUGGAUGAUUGGACAAAGAAGGAGUACGCUACUGAGGCAAAGGUUAAUGUUCAUAUGUUGGACGACUCAACUUUAGAGUGUCGUUUGAUGUUCUUCAGCGAGCACUAUGAAAUAGCCUUCUUUGAGAUUAGUGGGGAUAUUUCAUUGAAGGCUUUGUCAUUGGAACGUAAUGUGGAUUUAGGCCAGGAUGUAUUUCUAUUGGCUAGAGAUACAAAUUUGAAUCUGAUUUAUAAGCGAGACAAGGUGCAACUUGUAGAUCCUUGUGAACAUCAGCAAAAUCACUAUCAAUUCCUCAACGGUCCAAUUCCUCAGUGUGGAACUGGAGGUGGAGUGCUGGAUGCUGGUGGAAAAAUUGUAGGGAUGCUAUUCUAUAAAUUGCCUCUUGUUGCCUUCAUUCCAAGCUCUCUUAUUCUUAAAUGUUCAACCAUGUGGCAACAUUUUAGGCAACUUGCUCGACCCCAGCUUGGCUUGAAGCUAAGGACAUUAGCAUUUCUUGAUAUUCCCCGUAUUGAGUUGAUGUCACGUAAAUUCAGUAUUUCCUCUGGUCUCAUUGUUGGAGAGAUUUCAGCGAAAUGUGAUGCUGAGAAGCUUGGCAUUAGGGCAGGGGAUAUUAUCUUUUCAUGCCAAAAAGAGCGUGUUUCAAGUAUUGUUCAGCUGGAACAUGUGUUGUUGGGUGUUGGUGAAAAACAUCUUGAGAAAAGCAAUGAUCUCAGCUCUAAAGUUGAGGUUGAGAUCGGUGUAUUUCAUGUGCGCAAACGCAUACAGAGAUUCAUCACAUUAAGAGUAGAUUUGUCCGAUCAUCUUGAAGUAUUUUACUCAGACGAUGAAGAUGCUAAGGCAGAAGGAAACACUGGAGAAGAAGGGCCCGCAGCAGCUGCAUGUGAAGCAAAGCCAUGAAGAAUGUGGAUUUGAUCUCUAUCCAUGACUUCUUUGUAAUGGUCAUCAGAUAUUUAGCUAGACGCUACCUAGGAUUUUUGCUGUAUACUCUGAAGAAUGGAUCACUGCCCCUGGAGUAAGGAAGUAGAUGUAGUGUUGGUAUCUUUUGGAUGGAACUUGCUAGAUAGUGUUAGUUUUUUAUGGUACUGUUCUGGAUUCUGGAUCAUGCCCUAGUACUACAAUUGCAAGCUGUUCUGGAUUCUGUUAAUUGGUCAGCAUGUAUGCAUCUGGUUUUGAAAACAAAACUUGUAAUACUUGCUAUAUUGCUAAUUGUUUCUCUCUCCGUUCACUAAUGUAAACCUUUUAGCUUUU